GUGUUUAAACUGUUAGAUCAAUCUAAGUAAACAAAGUCUCAAUAUUGUUCAUGUUGACGUUUAAACUCUGACGUAAAGGAAGCGGGGGAGAGAGGAGCCGCCAAGAUAAGAGAAAUCGAUGUUUGUGAGAGUAAUGUGGGUCCUUCUCUUGCUGGGACUGAUGGUCAGUUCGGCACUUCCUGUCACAUCAGAGGAGGAGGAACCCGAUUAUCUCAAUCUUUUCUUAGUGAAGGUUCACAAAAGAUCGGCCAUCCAUGACCUGGCAGCUGAGCAUGGGUUCAAGGUCACAGAUGAGCUAGAAGAACUGGGAUAUCACCUACUGGAACAUGAAGACGUGUCACGGAGAUCUAAAAGAAGUGCCGAGAAUCAUGUUAAAAAACUACAGGAUGAUGCAAGGGUUAAGUUUGUACAGCAACAGAAACUGCUGAUUCGAGAGAAAAGAGAAAUCUUGUAUGACAAACAGCUAGAAAUGCCGGAGCGCAACUUUGACCCCACAGAAUUUUACCGUGCCCCCCAGUCACACCUGUACAGUAGGGACUUUACCAGCACUCAGGGAGUGUCCUUUAAUGACCCGUACUAUAAAGACCAGUGGUACUGUGACAAUUAUGGGCAGUCAGGUGGAAAGAAAUUUAUUGACCUCAAUGUCAAGGUCGCCUGGAACCAAGGAUACACUGGUAAAGGGGUCACGAUCACUGUGUUGGACGAUGGAAUGGAUCACACGCACCCGGAUCUUCAAAAAAACUAUUCUCCUUUUGCAAGUGCUGACUUGAAUGACAAAGAUGAUAAAAACAAUGACCCCAUGCCCAACACCAAGGUCCCAGGAAAUAGUCAUGGAACUCGCUGUGCAGGAGAGAUUGCAGCAGAAGCCAACAAUAAUGUUUGCAGUGUAGGUGUGGCUUAUAAUGCCAAAGUAGGAGGUAUACGUAUGUUGGAUGGAGCAGUUUAUGAUACAAUAGAGGCUAAGGCAGUCAACUUUAAAAACCAGUUUAUUGAUGUAAUGAGUGCUUCCUGGGGGCCGAGGGAUAAUGGACGGACCCUAGAGGGGCCAGGCCCUGCGACCUUGGACGCUCUGGUGGCGGGAGUCAACAAGGGUCGAAAUGGCAAGGGCACUAUUUAUGUGUGGGCAACAGGAAAUGGUGGUGUCCAUGACGAUGAUUGUGGUUGUGAUGGUUACGUAUCCUCACCUUACACUUUAUCUGUGGGCAGCGUCACAGAUCGAGGUCAGGCGCCUUACUUUGAUGAAAAGUGUGCAUCAACUAUGACAGUGGUUCCAAGCGGGGGAGAGAUCAGAGCUGGGGAAUUCAAUGGAAAACCAAAAAUUAAAGUGGUGACCACAGACAUAAAUGGGGGCUGUAUCCUAGGAUUUGAGGGGACAUCUGCUGCAGCUCCCCUGGCUGCUGCUUGUACGGCCCUGGCCCUAGAGGCAAACCCUGAUUUAACAUGGAGAGAUAUGCAGCACAUUGUUGUGGAAACUUCCAAAAUCCCAUCUGUGGACCACUCUUGGAUUAUCAAUGGGGCAGGGAAACAUGUUAGCCACUCAUUUGGGUUUGGUGUUAUGGACUGUGGGGCCAUGGUGAAUGCUGCCUUAAAUUGGCAGACUGUUCCCGAACUCAAGAUCCAAAAGUCACAGGUGUAUGAGAUUAAUAGGCCGAUUCCCACCAGAGACUGUGUAAGUAGGACAGUACAGUACGUCCCUGAGGGAUCUCCCUUAAUUCAACUGGAGCACGUCCAGCUGUACAUCAAAUUACAGCACACUCGCCGUGGUGAUGUCCAAAUUUACUUGACCUCCCCAAGCAAAACUGAGUCAGAAAUGCUAUCCACCAGGAUGAACGAUGAAUCAAAGGCUGGCAUUGACUUUACCUUUAUGACGGUUCACAACUGGGGGGAGAACCCAUCAGGAAACUGGGAGGUUAAAGUGUGUGAUAAUCGGAAAUCAACCUCUGAAAAUACAGGAAAACUUGAGAAAUUCCAAGUCAUCUAUUAUGGAACCACAGAGAGACCAGCAACUCGUAGUACAGGUAACCAACAAUCUCACAAGCUGCCCCUGGCAACAGUAGAGGAGAUCGAGAAGUCCGAAUUACUGAAAUCACGGAACUUAAAGCUCAAAAGAAACACUGGAGACAAAAAGAAAAAGUCAUACCCAGAACAGAAUGUCAAUGUUGAGAAAGAGAGGGCUUUUGGAAAUGAUUUUGGGGAACAGAAGCUUGAUGAUCAACUGGAAGACAGAGAGUUUGAGAAUCAGAAAGAGAGAAAGAGUGAGCUUUAUAAGAAGGUUCUGGAAGAUCUGGAAGACAUGUUGGAAGAUAGAGGUGAGGGAGACGAUGAUCACUACAGGGAGGAAAAACAUGGGAGGGACAAAACUCAGGAAUUAUUGGAUGAAAUUGACCGAAUUCUUAAAAAUAAUGGGUAACAAGGAAAGUCUUUUGAACUAGCCCUGAGUAGGAGUGGUCCAUGUCAGUUUUAAUCCAUACAAAAAGAAAAGGUGGUCUAAUAAAUUAAUUUUUUUUUCAGGAGUUUAGAUUUUAUUUUCAAUUAAAAAUCCAGAUCUAAGAGAACCAAUCUAAUUCAAAAAUCUGUAUCAUUAAUUAUUAAGGGGUUGAGAAAGCAAAUAGGGUAAGCAAAAGAAAAACAAGAUAGCUGACAUGUUAGAGAAGUAAGCAAAUGCAAUUAUAAGGAAAAUUAGUUUAUUGUAAAAAUUAUUUGAAAUAUUUGUCCUGACUGACCUCUUCUACUCUCGUUGUUGAAGGCUAUAUUUAGCUCUUAUUGAUGGGGUACAUUUUUGAAAAAGCAAUACUAAUUUCUGAGAAUAUACUCUGACAUGGGAACUGGUUUUCUGCUUGACAAAACACUCAAUUCUACGCAGCUUUACUGAACAAGUUAUUCUCGAGGCCCAUCUCUGUUCAUUUCCUGUAAGUUCUUAUACUAAUUAUUUGUAUGAGGAAUUUUGAAUCUCAAUUAUAGACUUCUCUUAUGAAGCCAAAGAUUUAUUCUGUUAUAACUGUACAAUUUAAUUCAUUAUUUCACAAUAUCCUUUGUUUUAAUAUACAAUCACUUGUAAGGAAAGAAAUUGCAUUUUAAAGACUGGGUACUAUAAGUGUUGAUGGAUUUUUUUUCUUCACAAAUUCACUCAUGAAUUGUUUUUGCUUUUGAAGUCUACAGAAAAAUUUAUGUCAACUUGCUUCCUCUUAAAAAUUUUUUUGGUAAAUUAUUUUUCAAAUUUUUAUUUUU